AUGACUGCAGCCUACGGCACCCCGUGGGGGUCAGCUACGGGGGAAGAGGUCUGGGCUGGAUCAGGAGUAGAGGUGGAGGGCUCAGAGCUGCCCACCUUCUCAGCUGCAGCCAAGUCCGAGUAGGAGUGACCAUUGUGCUGUUUUUUUUCUUCUGCUGGAGGGAACUUGGCCGUGCUGUGGUCAGUGACGCAGCCGCAACCCGGCCAACUCCGCCCCUCUCCAGUGUGGCGACUCUUUGCCCAUUUAGCAGCCGACGACUUACUGGUCACUUUUGUGAUUAUGCCCCUAGAUGCCACCUGGAAUAUCACUGUUCAAUGGCUGGCCGGGGAUAUUGCAUGUCGGACACUCAUGUUCCUGAAACUAAUGGCCAUGUAUGCCGCAGCUUUCCUGCCUGUGGUCACUGGGCUAGAACGCCAGGCAGCAGUACUCCACCCGCUCGGACCCCGCCCCGCUGGAAGGAAACUUCUGGGGACAGCCUGGGGACUUAGUUUCCUGCUUGUCUUGCCCCAGCUGUUCCCGUUCCAUACCGCCCGCCAAGCUGGCCCAGUCCCCUUCACUCAAUGUGUCACCAAAGGCAGCUUCAAGGCUCAAUGGCAAGAGAUCACCUAUAACCUCUUCACCUUCUGCUGCUUCUUUCUGCUGCCACUGACUGCUAUGACGAUCUGCUAUCGCCGCAUUGUCCUCAGUGUGUCCAGUCCCCGGACAAGGACAGGGAACCAUGCCCCUGCCAGUGAAUUUGCCCUCCGCCGCUCCUUAGACAGUCGCCCCCGUGUUCAUCUAUGGGCCCUGCUUGUCUUGCUGACCUUCGUCCUCUGCUGGACACCUUAUUACCUGCUGGGUCUGUGGUACUGGUUCUCUCCCACCAUGCUAACUGAAGUCCCUCCCAGCCUCAGCCAUAUCCUUUUCCUCUUGGGCAUCCUCAAAGCGCCUCUGGAUCCUCUCCUCUACGGGGCCUUCACCCUUGGAUGCCAAAGAGGGCACCAAGAACUUAGUAAAGACUCUUCCAGGGAAAGAGGGUCUGGGAGAAUGCCUCGACAGGAGACUCAAGCCCUUAGACAGCUGGAAAUACAAACAAAUGUGGCAGGAAGAAGAGCAGGAGAAACACAAGAGACAUUCCUGUAAUAUCCAUUUGCUCAGGACAGAGUAUAUAGGAAUGGAAUAAUUAUUCUUUAAUAUCAUGAGAACAUCUCACUUCUAGCCCUGCUUUAUUAGCUUCCAAGAAAAAGAAAUACUAAGCAGUCUCUUUCUUUUAACCCUAGCUGAGACUUGAAACUAUGUCUAAUGUAGAAACUCACACAGAAUUCAGUUCCUGGGAG